GCAGGGUCUGAAUGAAUACAAGUUAUUUUUACUACGCUUAACAGCUCGAUAACAAUUGCAGGAAAUAUCUGCACGAAUUAACAAUGAUAUCUUCCGCUCAGUUCCAAGGGGAUUCACUUUUUUUUACCCUUAGCAGCUCAUAAUAAAAACAAAUAUGCUACUUUGAACAGAUAAUAUUGUCCUAAAUUGGCCUGUAUAAGUCAUGUAGCAACUACAAGAGAUAAAGUGAACUUUGAUUGAUUUUUACUAUGCUGUGUCGCCUCCCAGAGGAUAUUCAGAGUUUAAACGCCAGGUUAGUAUCCUGACAAUCCUACUUCGAUUUACUGUUCCCGUCCGGCUUCCGUAGUUUAACAGCCGAGUAAAGUUACCCAGCAACAGCAGCGAUUCAACAAAAUUCCGGAAAUUAAACUUUCUUAUCAAAUUAAAAGUAACAUUUAAAUUAAAAUUAACAAAAAGAACGAGCACUGUCUCGUACCUGACAACAACUUAUCAUAUUAAAUACUUAACUGGUUCAUCAGAUGUGGAAAAGGAGAAUUAUAAACUAAUAAUAAUCCCAAUUAAAUUAAAAGAAAGACACAACGAUUAUAUUUUGAAAUUUUUAAGGGAAAUCUUAUCUUUCAAUAAUGUAACUUUACGCCUGUGUAGACUGUCGAAGUAGUUAUGGAGGUACACAAUACUUUUUGUUGUUGUUUUUCGCCUUAACUGACUCAGCCUCCAUCACUGGUUUUACUUCACAAUGUAAACCAGCUGGUUAACUGGUAACUUUGGCCUAACUAAAGGAGGAGACUGCCGGACGGUUACCUUUCUAAUCCACAUUCUCACGUCUCACCGCUUCUGUUUUGGGACUUUGCCAAAGAAAAGGUGUUGUUUUGCGGAUUAUGAGAGGUCAGUUGUUUGUCAGUCGCUCUGGAGCUAGAGGACCUGUGAAAGGGAGCUAAAUGAGCGUCUGGUCACGGUUGAAUGACCAUGUCCACGCCGCUCACAGUGACCGUGCUGGCGGCGCUGUGGGUCAGUUCGGGUCGGUGCGGUGUCUCCGAGGCUCCGGUGCCAAGGUGCGACAAUGGAAAGCUCUUCUUAGAUAGGGACCUGCCUGCGGAUGCUGUUUAUUGGGACUGCCCUGGGUCUAUUUGGCCAAAGUCUACUGAGAGACUUCCUAGUAUUGACACAGUGUAUGAUCCUGUGCCAGCCAGGCAAAUCUGCAUAGACAAAUCCAUUUCCUACAACCAUACCAUUCCCAACAGUGGAGCAUACAGACCAGUGAGGGCAGAGAGUGGAGAGUACCUGUACUGUCCUCCUCAACGGUGGCUCAAUAAUUUGCACGAUGGAGCUACCGUUUUACUCUACCAUCCCUGUGCCCCUCCUCAUGAGCGUCUACUUCUGUCUGCCCUGGCCCGAUCCUGUCUGCCAGAUUACAUCAUUACGUCACAUCCACAGCUCAACGUACACAUGCCAAUAGCCUUGGUGUCAUGGGCUCACACCUUGGAGCUAUCCACUGUGGCCUCUUCAGAUGUCUGUGAUUGGCUGGAGACCCAAACAUCCACAAGAAAUAAGUUUGGUGGUGUGAGCCAGAUUAUGAAGUACAACCUGCUGUUAUCCUGGUCAGCAGAGCAGCACCAGCAGAAACAUGCACGUCCAGAGGAACACGCAGCAAAAAUGAAGGAGUCUCUGAGGCAGUGUUGUGAGCAGGCCAUCUCCUCACUGCUGAUUGAGACAGAGCUGGAGUCUGACAUGAAUGAAGAAAGCUUGAAACUAAUUAAAGAAGAGGGCAAACGCAGGCAAAUAAGAGCUGCUAUUAGAGGGAAACUGAAGACUGUUAAGGAUGAGAGCGAACGAGAAAACACAAUUGCACACCAAACCAACAGGACAGGGGACGGCCAGAACAGCACACUUGGACCAUUAGCAGAUUCUCCUCCAGGGAACAGGACUCUCUCGGAUCCUCCAGGUCCCAGGGAAGCUCCUUCUCAGUCUAAGAUCCCAAAUACAAACCAUGGCCUUAUGUCCAGGCCCACAGCUCCUUUGGCUUCAACUAUGUCUGAGACUACAUUUAGAAGUGUGAACAGUGAACGUAACAGCACCGCCAGGCCUGAAGCCCUGUCCCGCAGUUCCAAAGAUGAAGGUACGGACCCGGCCAAGCAGAGAGAAAAAGACUCUGUUAGACACGGCCUGAAACACAAAGAGAAAAAAUCUAAAGACAACACAGCAGAUGGCACAAUGAAGGACAAUGACGUGGUUGAUGUUAAAGAGAGAGAGUUGGAACAUGAGCAAACACACAGCAGCACAAACUCUCACCACAAAAUCGACAAGAUUGCCGUUGAUUCUGUUUCCAAAUCCCGAUCAGAGUCUCCGCCCCGGCCACAACAACAGCAGAACCCACAGCCGGCCGGUUACCUGCCCAACAGCCUCAACUGUGACAGCUGUAAAGCCGGGGAACACUGUGAAUGCAGCAAGGACUUGGGGGCCUCGGCCACUGCUGUGAAUAUGGGGCUGCCAAGGACCCCUAGGACAGACGAGGCGGUGUGGGCAGCAGCAGCACUUGGCUUCCUGCUGAUUCUCCUGACUCUGUCGGUGCUUCACACACGCCUGUACCGCCACUGGAGGACCACGCCCAGUCUUUACUGGCACGACCCGCAGCAGGACUACGACAGUGUGGCAGAUGUGAUCCGCAGGAGGCUUCGUAUUGCAAACAGGAGGCGUAAAAGGGGCAGGCGACAGGAGUGUGUUCUUCUGCCAAGCUCCUCCAGCUCAGAUGAACAUCCAUAGAAAAAUGAAGGAAAUCUACAGAAACCCCAAGAAAGAUGAAACGAUGAAAUAGUCUGUGAGGAACAAAUUAGGUUCUGCAAAAUGGGUACAGGUCAUUAUGAGGGCAUCAUUCCUAAUAUCAAACCUUGUCUAUACAACCUUAUACAGUAUGCUGGACCUAUGCUGUUGGACCAGACAACCUGUCAAAAAAUAGCUGAACAGGAAACUGAAGCUGAAAUACCACAUACCUGCUCAAGGCUCAGUUUGAUCAGACACAACACUGUCAUAGAUGUAACGUUCAGUAGUCCCAAAGUACAUUCCCCAAGUCACAAGCAUCAAAUAAUAUUUACAAAAGAAGCUAGUGUAUAUUGAUGUGAGCUCCGUCAUGUGGUUCUGGAUCAGUCUUUCCACUCCUCAGGAUACAUCCAUAAACGGCAUCAAAGAGUCCAAAGAGAAGCCCUCAGGUUUUAUUAUGUGACCUGCUGAGCAUACAGUCCUACACAUCACUCAGUAUUAUACGCCUCAUUUUGCUCACUCCAUUUAGUACAAUCAAUAUAAAGCCUCUGCUUCUGGUCUUUUCACUUUUUAUACCCAAUGAUUGUUUUUAUUGUGCUACAUUUUGCAAGAAUUGUGUUUUUAUAAAUAGUUUAAUAGCAAUAUCAUGUUGUUGUGACCUGUGAAAGUUUAGUAUGUGAAUAUGUCAGUUGCUGUUCUAAGCAACGCUGUGUGCGGCACAUGUUGUCAUUAAAUGGUACUAACAUGUAUUUUGGAGACUGUUUUGGACAGACUUUAGUGAAGGAUUUACAAAGACAAUAAAAUUCUUUGAAUGAA